UGUCGUGCAAGUCCUUACCCGCUGGUGCUCUUGCUUGACGGUUUCCUGUCUGUGAUAGAUAUCUUCAGCAAAGCAACUUUCAAUCCUCUCCUUUUACUUGGCUUCUCGGUAACUUCAUUCCUCCUUCUUAUACAUAUUCAAACCUUUCGUUCUUUACUCUUCUUUUGCAUCCUUCUAAGACUCGUUCUCUGUUCAUCGUUUCCGGAUUAGCUUUCGUGGUGGGUGUGGGGGUUGCUUCUGUUUGCGUUUUCCUUUUCUUCUCAGCUGGGGCUUUAUUGGGCAUUUCAUUUCGAUUUUCUGUUCUCUUGUCAGGUUGUUUUUUAAGUUCAUUAGCAAAUACUAUGGCUGAAACCCACAGGACUGCAAGUGCUAGCUCGAGCUCAAGCUUGAAUAGCAGCUUGCAGGAUACGGAGGAAGAUCACACCCUUGCAAGCAUAUUAGCACAGAAGGAAAAUUCACAAGCCGACAAUAAGCUUGGGAAACGACUGUCCCAUUUGGAUUCUAUUCCGCACACUCCUCGGAUUAAUGGAGAGAUUCCUGAUGUGAAUGACGCUACGCUAGAUCACGAGAGGCUGUCUGCAAGGUUAGCCACGUAUGAUUUAGCAGAACUACAAAUGGAGGGUGAUGGGAAUUGCCAGUUUCGAGCAUUAGCAGAUCAAUUAUUUCGCAAUCCUGAGUAUCACAAGCAUGUAAGGAGGCAGGUUAUUAAGCAGCUAAAGCAUUACAGAAAGUUAUAUGAAGGUUAUGUACCAAUGAAGUACAAAAGCUACCUGAAGAUGAUGAAAAAAUCAGGGGAGUGGGGAGACCAUGUAACUCUACAAGCGGCUGCAGAUAGAUUUGGCGCCAAAAUUUGUUUAGUCACCUCUUUUAAAGACACUUGCUAUAUUGAGAUACGUCCCACUGACAAAAACCCCACUAAAGAGCUUUGGCUAAGCUUUUGGAGUGAAGUGCAUUAUAAUUCGUUGUACGCAACUGCAGAUGUUCCUUCUGUUGUCCCCAAAAAGAAGCAUUGGCUGUUUUUUUAGUAAAAAUGGCAGAACAUGAAGUCUUGCAAAACUCAUAUUUAAUGAGGGCCUUUUGAAACAAUCUCCUUCAAGCUGCAAAACAGACAGUGGCUCUUCUAAGGACAGGGGCCUUUCCUCACCCCAUAUAGAAAGCAUCAGUAAUCCGAGUCUCAGCACAAAAUCUAUAUUAACAGGUCAAAGCUUGUUCAUUGGUGGGACAAGUUGUGAUGGUUCUGAGAGUAUAUAACAAAAAUUUAUGGUAAACAUCAGUAGAUUGCAGUGAUCAACAUAAUGAUUUAUGUAUUUCAAGAGGCAUAGUGGUUACUAAUUAUUUUAGUUGAGCAGAUAACAUAGACGCACUGUAAUUGAUGAUUACAAUUAACCCACCCAUAUAUUUGCUUAUGUUUUAACAAUUUUAAUAAUUCUUUUCUAUAGAUUACAGUAAAUCUGAAUCAUGUAGUGCUGGUUUAAAAAAAAAAAAAUCUGAAUCAUGUAGAGUUUGUCCAUGAUCUCCUUGAAUUUUGAAGCUUGAUCAUGGACCCUGUUGUAUAGAUAAAUUGUUGUUUGUUUGUUUACUGUUUCACUGACAUUUCAUUGAUAAUAAAAUUUCUUACACUUCUUUUUAUGAGUAAA